UAAGGUUUUGCUUUUUCACGAUGGUAGCGGACGCGGCGAAGAUGGCCAAGCUCACUGAACGAGCUCCGGAGGACGACGCCUAUCACUUGGUCAAGGAGUUCGUGCUUUCCAUUGAGAAGUUGCAGGAGGUUCAGGACGAACUCGACAAGAACUUUAAUGACAAUCCUUAUUUUGAAGAUACAAAGUUGACGAAAACUUUUACAUUCGUUGAUGGUGAGACAACAAGAAUUACUGGUACUCCCAUCAAAUGGAAGGAGGGCAUGGGUCUUGUGAAUGGAGUUACCGAAGAGAAAAAUGGAAAGAAACGACCACUUGUUGAUGAGAGCUUCUUCAGUUUGUUUGACUCACCUCUUGAACAUGACAAGGUGGUAGAGAUAAUUAAGAACGAUUUAUGGCCCAAUCCUCUAAAGUAUUUUAAUAACGAGGCCGAUGAAGAGGAUUCUGAAGAUGAUGAAAUGGACAAUGGUGACGAAGAGGAAGACGAUGACGAGGAAGAUGGCUAGAUUCUUCUGGUGCCGUCUUCAUUUUUGUAGCUCCUUCAUGGGUAGCGGCGAUAGAAACAUCACCGGUUUUUUGUCUUAUCAAUCAGCGAUAUGAAGCAUUCUAGUAGGAUAUCUUGGAAAAGAAGAAGACUUGUAGGUUGAUACCUCACAGCAGACUUGUUGCAUAUAAAUUAGUCUCGGUUUAUCGUUUAGGCCUUUUGGGUUUUUGUUUUUGUGUAGUCUACCUGCUGUCAAAACCGAACACAGUAGUAUUUUAGAAUUCAUAUAGGUAACGAUAUUUAGUGGGAUAAGGUUUGAUUGUUGUUGUAGUGUA